AUGAGGCUCUCUUCUGCUCGUAACGUCAUUGAGAGGUGUUUUGGGCUACUUAAAAUGAAGUGGGCAAUAUUGAGGACUUAUUCUUACUUUCCAAUCAAGACUCAAUUUCGUAUUAUCACUGCAUGUUGCCUUCUCCACAAUCUCAUACAACGUGAAAUGCCUAUGGAUCUUGAGGAUGAUGAGAACAAGGAAAUGAAUCCUCCUCCUCUAGCUAUUGAAUUAGGAGAUGAAAUGAUUGAUGUUGUUGAAGCAUUUAAUCAAUGGAGUGAAUGGAGAACUGCCUUGGCAACCCAAAUGUUUAAUGAAUGGCAAGCAAGCAGAGGUAUGGAUGACACAGGUACCACUAGUUCUUGUAAGAAGGAGAAACGUCGAAGGUUUUGA